AUGGCGGAGCCACCUGCAAAGCGUCCUCGGCGAGUUGACAGCUCUACCAUGUGGGAUUCAAACGAUAAACGGUCUCGUGUGCCAGAUCAAGAGUUAGACCACGACCGCAGACGUUCACCAGCUCCACGAGAUGACCGACGCGACGGCCGGUAUCGCUCUCGCUCGCGAGAACGCAAGGAUGGAAGGCGAGAACGGAGCUGGUCUCGAGAUCGCCGCGACCGAGAUCGACGAGACGGAGACAGAGAUGGGCGCGGGACCCAAGACCGAAAGAGGAGCACCAGUCGGGAGCGCAACCAGGAUAGACGAGGUAAUGGACCCAAAAGCGUUAAGUUCCGCGAACGUUCGCGCUCCCGAUCCCCGCAUCGCAAUGGCACAAAGGCCCGGUCACCCCCUCGAGGCCCCAAGAGUGACCGCAAAGAUCCUCGAUCGCGAGAUGAUGGGUGGAAGGCAACUGGCGCGCAACGAGCACCGGGUCGCAACGAGGAUGAGAUGGACAUAGACUUCAAGGAAGAUGCGGACGAGGACGAAAUGGAAGCACAAAUGCGAAAGACCAUGGGUUUCAGCAGGUUCCGGACUACAAAGAACACCAAAAUCCCCGGAAACGACAUCUAUGGUGUGCGGAAGGAGAAGAAGAUCGAGUACCGACAGUACAUGAACCGCCAGGGCGGUUUCAACCGGCCUCUCAGUCCCUCGCGAUGAAUCCUCACAUCUUUAGUAUUUCAACGGUCUCCUACUUUCUUUGUAUUCAAAAACACUGGACAUUUUUCUGCCAUC